CCUGUGUGUAGGUCAAGACGUGAGAAGGACUAAAAGAAUCUGCAAUAAGAUUCUUGGUGAAGCAUCAACUUUGCAUAUAAGCUUGUAGUUGGCAACAUGAUGAGGGGUGUUCGCCAAGCUGUGACCCUGUUACAGCUGCGGGGCGUGCACCCAGUGCGAGCAUUUGCUGGGGAUGUUACUUCGACAGAAGGCCUAGUACUGAGCAGUGGCGAGAUUGGCAUUGCCUCAGGCGCCCCAACUGAAAUAUAUGCACGAAAGGUGCUCAUAUACUCGCCUGCUCGCACAGCUGGCCAGCAAGGGAAGGCCAACAUCCUUGGAGCUGCAAGCAACGGCCCAGGCUGGAAGCUUAUGUUCGAGACUCAGCAGAAGUGGGAAAAUCCGCUGAUCGGCUGGACAUCAACUGCAGACCCCUUGGAGAAUGUGCACCGCGCGAGUCUCAACUUCCACUCUCAGGAAGAUGCAGAGGCUUUCUGCAACAGGCAUGGCUGGAAGUUUGAGGUCUUGAGCCCCAAGGAGCAGACCGAGACGCGGCCAAAGAGAUACAUCGGCUAUGGCGACAACUUCAGUGUGAAAAAGAAGGGCAUUCCUGUGGGAGGUCUCAAAUCAGAGGAGGGCGCAAAGAAACCAGCCAAGUAGCUGGCAGAAAGGUCCCUGUCUUUGAUCGCAUGAGUAUACUGGCAGUUGGAGAUGAUAACAAUGUGCACCGUUUCCUACAAUGCACCUCCAUACCUGAGUAAGUAGUGGGAAAGGCAUUAUCAGCCAUCACUGCUGUCCUCUAUUGAUGCUGAGGACAGAAGCACGGGGCAUCUCAUUGAGACACUGCCAUGCUUUAAAGGUCGUCUUGGGCAGCAGUGCCGCAGUUUUUAGCGCCAUUUCUAUUUAUUGAGUUCUACUUACUUAGCACCCCCAGAUCUCACUUGCAGAACAUUGACCAGACGUAUAGAACCUGGCAGCAGAGAACGCUGUGAUCUCGUGCUAUAUAACUCAGAAAUAACUGUUCUAUAUUUCUUAGAAAAAUGCUAGAUAUAUCAGAGUUGAUAUGCAGCUCACCUCAGAAAUUUUUCAGAAUCAGUCCCCAUAGCUAUGCC